AGCACUUGGGUCAAAGUGUGGCCUUUGAUUUAAUGUUUAUCCACUCAAGGCCAAAAAUAAAAUUGCAACAUAUUUUUUAAGGCAGUUAUGAUAGUAGUGUAUUAGUUUGAAAUAAGAUAGGUUGACCAAAGAGAAACAAUAGUAGGAGUGUUUUGUGUAUGUUGUUUGAUGGGUGGUGUGUUUGUGGGGCGUGGCGUAGAUAUCUGAGAUUGGUGACAGAGACAGAGAGAGCUGAGGUUAGAGGCUGAAUGAAUCUGAAAAUUAAGGAGAAACAGGAGAGAGAAGAGAUAUGGGUGACAUAUUAACGUGGCUCAUCUCCUUCUUGCUCCUCUUUUCCUUACUGGCCCUCCUCAUUUACCAGCUAAUGUGCCUGGCAGACCUGGAAUUCGAUUACAUAAAUGCCUAUGACUCCUCUUCUCGAAUCAACAUGGUGGUCUUACCCGAGUUCAUUAUUCAGGCUCUCCUUACCUCUUUCUACCUUGUUAACUCCCAUUGGAUAUUGACACUUCUGUCUCUUCCUUACCUCUGCUUCAAUCUCCAUUUAUAUAGGCAAAGAAAGCAUUUAGUUGAUGUUACAGAGAUAUUCAACAACCUGUCCUGGGAAAAGAAGCACCGCCUCCUCAAACUCAUCUAUCUUGUUUUCUCCCUUUUCCUCUCUCUAUUUUGGAUGAUCUACAACUCACUCGAUUGAACGAUACACUUGUUUGUUUCUUGAAAUCCAUGCUCCGGACGAUGGGGAAUAACCAUUACUAUCCAAAGUCCAAACGUGCUCCAUAGGGAUCAGAAGCAUUCCUAACUAGCUUAGCUACACCUCAAUUCUACAUGAACAAUAACCCGGCAUGCUAAGAACUAAGAGGGACAAACUCUAUGGAUAUUGAAUAAGCAUGA